GCAGGGGGUCUUCCCAAGGGCUCUUGUCAGGGACCUUCUUGCGGGGGGCAUGUCUCCAUGUAGAGUGUCCUGGAGCUCUGGGCCCAGUGGCCACCUGACAGCAUGUCGAGGGGACCCCUGCGAGGAGAGGGCUGAGGGUCUCGGGCGCAGCCGGUGCCAGGUGCCAGGCGGGAAUGACCUGGUCCUCUGUGCGCACAGAAAACCAUACGACUGGAGACUGAUUUUCGGAGCAAGGGAACUCGAGUAUGGCAGCACCGGGCCCGUGAAAGCACCCCUCCAGGAGAGAUUUGUGGAGAAAAUCAUCCUUCACGAGAGAUAUUCCUCCAUCUCAGAGGCCAACGACAUUGCUCUCAUGAAGGUCACCCCUCCCGUGGUCUGUGGGAGCCUCGUUGGACCGGGCUGCCUGCCUCCGUUUAAGGCCGGCCCGCCCAGAGCGUCCCAGUCCUGCUGGGUGACUGGCUGGGGGUUCUCAAGGGAGAACGGUGAGUCCGGGAGAGGCUUCCGGGGGCAUUGCGCAGCGUUCCCUCAGCGCACUGUGAGGUGAAAGGGUAUGUGGGGGGCCUUGGGUGGGUGCAACCUCUGUCCCUUUCCAGCUGGAGAAACUGAGGGCGAGAGCCAAGUGCCUGCCCAGGGCCACUGGUGCUGCAUUUUUGAAACGGGGAGAGAAGCUCUAAGUGGGGUUUUGUGGCCGCAGGCCGGUCCUUUCUCUCUCUGGCCUCAGUUUUCCCACCUGUGAGUGGAAAGGCCAUAGCCCAGGCCGUCUACCCCCACCCUUGGGAGUCAUAGCUCCCAAAUCCUCCCCACCCAUCACAGCUGCUGUAGGGUUUCCCUGCAGAAGGGAGAGGGAGGAGGGCGGGGUUUGGGGGGUGUCUGCCGUCUCGGUCUCCGUGGCAGGAAGGUUGAGCCGGCAGGGCAGGGCUUUGCACAGGGGGCCGCCUGACUGUUGUGAAGAUAUGAUUGACGCUAACUUACCUCUCAUGCUCUUCUGUUACCUGAUAACAGACCCUUUAGGCUUUCUAAUUCCAGGCUGUUCAUCUUGUGGAGUUUAAAACUCAGCUUUUGUUGCUACCCCCAAAAUCAGUAAUUCCGGGACUCUUCUCUAACUCUUCAUCCCCUCCCUGAAGCUUGCUCAGUUUCUGGUAGGGUUGCCACCUGUCUCCCCAGGAAAAGUGUCUCCCGCAGGUGCCCUGGCUACCACUGGCUUCUGCUGACCUUUGACCUUCCCUCCCUGGACCUGCACUGCCCACUCACCCAACCACCAGCCUCCGGGGUGCACGCAGUCCCAGAGGCUGAUGUCAGGGUUCGUGCUAUCGUGUUGCUGGGGAGUGCAGGCUCCAGCUGCAGCCUGGAUGUCUUGCAAGGCCUCUUUCGUCCUAGAAUCCCUCUAAACCUAAUGGGAUUUCUAUCGUUUUUUUGGCACACACAUUCCCCCUCAGUCCCCCUCCCCUAAGGCUGGGUCUUAAAGAAAUCUCAGGCUCCCACUCCUGUGCCCUCCUUCCUCCACACCUUCCUUUCCACCUGUCCGUGGAACACACUCUGAGCCCUCUCCUUUCCCAUUGAGGAGGGCGGGCUGUCAGCAUGCGUCCUGUGAAACAGGGCCUGGGGAUCCAGAAAACCCUUCUCUGCUUGAGGACACCAGGCUCUUCACAACAAAUCUCUGGCUCUCUGGGCUCAGGCUCUGCCAAAGACAGAACGGGCAGCUCGCUGGCUAAGGAGCCUCUGUGGUCGCUAUUUCGGUGUCACCCCUACCCCAGGGCGGAGCAUGCGCAGACUGGGCCUGCCGCUUGGUGGUCAGGGAAGGUGGGGCCGAAGGGAUUGGAAACAUCAGAGCCAUCGGCUGUGUGCCUCGCCCCCACCCACGUGCUCCGUGGGGUCCUGUCUUCCCUUCUGGCCCACGUAGCAUGGUCCACACCCGCCCCUCCGCCAGGCCUUACCUGUCUACGCCCCCAUCUGCGCUGCAGAUGGUGGGUGUUCAAACCCACCCUCUGGGCUAUGGGGCCAGAGCAGCAGCUGCCAUCAGGACCUCUGUCUGUGGGACCCCCUGACAAAGAGGGGGCAGCUGGUGGCGCUCAGGCUCUGUGUGGCCGACUUGCUCCCGUGCAGACAGGCUGGCCCUUCCCAACCCAGGGGCACCCACAGAGAGUCUGCACAGGAAGGUCUGACUUGGUGCUGAUGGGGGUGCCCCUUUCUUCUCUUUCAUGACUUCCUGGGAACAGAGAGGGGCCUGCUCAUGGGGCGGGGCUCGCCAGCCCACCUGGGGGGUCCUGUCCAAGAGGGUGGAGGAGUCCUGACAGGACCACAGGGAGGGCGACUGACAGCCAGAACUGGACUUGGUUCUGAAUCCAGGCCACAGCACAUCCCUGCUGCAACGCAGGCAGGCGGUGCUCCAGGCUCCUGACCGGGCAGGGAGCUGGCGUGCAGAAGCCAUGAGGUUGCUGCGGGGACUACGUGACACGACACCCGUGGGCCCCACAAUGCUCAGCACAGCCUGGUGCCAACUGCCCUCCACGGUCCAUCAGCUACCACGAACAUACAUCUCAGCGACACCGCCCACCCGACAUCCCUCUGUCCAUUGUCCCCCCCAAGGCAUGCGCCCUGGGACACCGCCCCACCCCUCGCUGGUCUGCUGUGUGAAGGGGAGGGUGGGUCUGGGUUUAAAUCGAGCAUUUCAGGAUGAGGAGGGUGCUGUGCGGGGUGGUGGCAGGGCCUUCCCCAGCGUGUCUCCGAGAUCACUGACCACCGAGUCCCUGGUUGUAGACCGCAAGAUGUCACCUGUGCUGCAGGAGGCGCGAGUGGACAUCCUCGACCUCAACCUGUGCAACUCAACCCUGUGGUACAGAGGGCGCAUUCGCUCCACCAAUGUGUGCGCAGGCUACCCUGAAGGCAACAUCGACACCUGCCAGGGGGACAGUGGUGGGCCGCUCAUGUGCAGAGGCUCAGAGGACGCCUAUGUGGUCGUGGGAAUCACGAGCUGGGGGGUAGGCUGUGCCCGAGCCAAGCGCCCCGGAAUCUACACAUCCACCUGGCCCUAUCUGACCUGGAUUGCUUCCAAGAUCGGUAUCCAGGCCUUGCAGAUGGCUCAACCGGCUCAGCAGGGCACCCCUGCCCCUCCCAGUACUGCCACAAACCCCACUCAAGUCCCUUCUGCUAACCCUCCUUGGUACUUCCAACACUUUCCUCAACCACUUCCUCUCAGGCCACCUGCAUCCAGACCCCGACCUCCAGCCGCACCCUCACCCCGACCCCCAGCCCCACCUUCACCCCAACCCCCAAAAGAGACCCAAUAA